UUCUGAGUAAGCUUACACUUGAUUGAGAGAGAGAGAGAGAGAGAGUUUGAAAGAGAAAUGGAUAAGAAAACCAUAGCCAACAACAAUGUGCACUGUCUGGUGUUACCAUAUCCAGCUGUAGGUCAUCUCAAUCCUAUGCUUGAAUUCUCCAAGCACUUGCAACAUGAAGGGAUGAGAGUGACACUGGUCACAACCCAUUUCUUCAGCAAGAGCAUGAAACAAUUGCCUCCUUCUAUUGCACUAGAGAAAAUUUCUGAUGGAUUUGACAAUGGCGGUUUUGAAGAAGCAGGAAAGAACUCGGAGGUCUAUUUUGACCGUUUUUGGCAAGUGGGGCAACAGGGUUUUGCAGAGCUUAUUGAGAAGCUUGAUAGAACAGGGUACCCUGUUGACUGUGUUAUAUAUGAUCCAUUCAUGCCUUGGGCCUUGGAUGUUGCAAAGAGAUUUGGAAUUGUUGGGGCUGCUUUUCUCACUCAAAACCUUGUUGUCAAUAGCAUAUACUACCAUGUCCACUUAGGAAAGCUGCAAGCUCCUCUUACUGAGGAAGUGAUUUCUCUACCAGAGCUCCCCCAACUUCAACAUCAGGACAUGCCUUCUUUCUUCUUAUUGAAAAAGGCAGAUGAUCGUUUUACACUUGGUUUCGUAGUGGCUCAGUUUUCUAAUAUUGACAAAGCUGAUUGGAUCCUCUGCAAUUCCUUCUAUGAGUUGAACAAAGAGGUAGCUGAUUGGACGAUGAAGAUUUUGCCCAAAUUUAGGACCAUAGGACCUUGCGUACCAUCAACGUUUCUAGACAAGCAAAUUAAAGAUGCUGAUGAAGAUGUUGUUGGAGAAUUCACAAGGGAUGAAUGUAUUACAUGGCUAAAUGAUAAGCCAAAAGGGUCUGUUGUUUAUGUUUCUUUUGGGAGUAUGGCAGCACUGAAUGAGGAGCAAACAGAAGAAAUAGCUUAUGGCUUGAGAGAUAGUGGAAGUUACUUCUUAUGGGUAGUCAGAGAAUCUGAACAGAUUAAGAUCCCAAAAGACUUUGAAAAGAAAUCAGAGAAGGGCUUGGUAGUGACAUGGUGCUCCCAGCUAAAAGUUCUAGCUCAUGAGGCUAUAGGGUGCUUUGUAACACAUUGUGGGUGGAACUCGACAUUGGAAGCUUUGAGCUUAGGAGUUCCUACUAUUGCAAUACCACAAUGGUCUGACCAAGGAACCAACGCCAAGCUUACGGUAGAUGUUUGGGAAACUGGAACUAGGGCUCCACUUGAUGAGAAACAAAUUGUGAGAAGAGAUGCAUUGAAGCAUUGUAUAUGGGAAAUAAUGGAGAGUGAGAAAGGCCAAGAGAUUAAGAGCAAUGCCAUGCAAUUUAAAACUUUUGCUGCAGGAGCUGUUAGCAAUGGUGGAAGUUCUCAUAAACACAUUGCAGAAUUUGUGGAUAGCUUGUUUCAUUUAUAAGAAACUUGCACUGAUUCACAAAUUGAUUCCUGCUGAAGAAAAAAAAUUCCGAUGUCUUCCGUGUCUGUGCUGUCAUCUUUCAUAAUGACCAAUAAGUAAUUGUUAAUUUUAUGCAAUAAAUGUCUUGUCACAGCAGUAGAGAGUA